CCCACAGCACCACACUAUUUGUAAAACCUUUUCAUGUGCCGAACCUCCGAUCAGCCCCCUCCUGGAAAUAUACCUCUGAAUCUGAUCAUCCUCACGACAGAGACGAACAGACUGGGAAUGUUUUAUCCCUCCUUCCGUUUCUUUUAUGCUUGAGCUAGUUCUAGAGAACUGGGGGGGGGGGCAAAAGAUGUCCGGGGCACCAAGUCCUUUCGGGCAGUCUUCGUCGACAAGCCCCUUCAGGCAGUCAUCGAGCAGUCCUCUUCUGUCCCAAUCGGUCUUCAGCCAGUCAAGUACUACAAACAAUCCUUUGGCGCCCAAACCCGAACCAUUUGGUAGUACAACGACAACCCCUUUUGGAUGGCCACAAACGGGGCCGUCCAUAUUUGCAGGAACAUCAAAUUGUGUUUUUGGUGCUACUCAAUUUUCAGCACCCGUGUUUGGUGCGUCAUCAUCACCAGCUUUAGUAGCGUCUUCUGCUCCUGCUGUAGGAAGUUCGUCGUCGUCCGCACUUGGAGCGUUUGGUGGCAUAGGGUCUGCAUUUGGUGCAUCAACUUCCUUAGUCUUCGGCCCUAAAGGUGCAUUUGGGGCUUCUAGCACUCCUGCUUUUGCCGCCUCAAGUAGUCCGGCUUCUAGCACUCCUGCAUUUGGUGCAUCAUUCGGCCCUAAAGGCGCAUUUGGGGCUUCUAGCACUCCUGCUUUCGCCGCCUCAAGUAGUCCGGCUUCUAGCACUCCUGCAUUUGGCGCAUCAACUUCCUCAGUCUUCGGCCCUAAUGGCGCAUUUGGGGCUUCUAGCACUCCUGCUUUCGCCGCCUCAAGUAGUCCGGCUUUUGGGGUUUCGAAAACUCCUUUUGGGACUUCCAGCAGCCCUUCCAUCUGCUUUGGUUCAUCUCCAGCAUUUGAACAGUCAGCAUCUGCUUUUAUUAGUAGCAGCCAUUUUGCAGUAUCAUCUCCUAUUGAGGCCCGGAUAGGAAGUCAGGCCACAACACCAACUUUUGGUGGUGCUGGAUUCGGGCAGUCAGGUUUCGGGGAUCAGCAACAAGGAGGAGGAAGUAGAGUGACCGCAUAUGCAGUGACUAUCGAGCAAGAUAAUGGAAGUGGUGAACAACUUGAUGGGAAGUUAGAGUCGGUAUCAGCCAUGCCCGCAUGUAUUAAUAAGAGCCAUGAGGAGCUUAAGUGGGAGGACUAUCAGUUGAGUGACAAAGGUGAAUCAAAUCCUGCUGGUCAAUCUGCUGGUUGUAAUCUCUUUGGUGCAUCUUCUUCCAUCUGGACACCUGCAUUUGGUGGACUGUCCUCCACUGAAAUGUCGAAUCCAUGUUUCUCCACCAUUGCCUCCAAUUUGUUCUCUUCCAUGACAUCCAAUCCAUUUGCUCCAAAACCUGUGAGCUCGGGCUUUGGGUCAGGACCUGCUUCUUCACUCUUUCGUUCUAUGCCCUCAUUUGCAACUUCCGUGCUUGGAAGUCAGGCCACAACACCAACUCUUGGUGGCGCUGGAUUUGGGCAGCCAGGUUUCGGGGGUCAGCAACAUCGAGGAAGUAGAGUGGUCGCCUAUGCAGUGACUCUCGAGCAAGAUGAUGGAAGCGGUACACAACCAGCAGGGAAGUUCAAGUCCAUAUCGGCAAUGCCCGCAUAUUUUGAUAAGAGCCAUGAGGAGCUUAGGUGGGAGGACUAUCAGGAGCUCAAAGAGAUGCAUGCCUCGAAGUUGAAGUCGGAGUCUGAUGCUGAGUUGAGUAGGAUCAAAGCUCGUAUCCAAGCUCUUGAAUUAGAAUUAUCUAAUCUCAAGAUGGAGGAAGCUACUCAUAUUGCCUCUCGAGCCCCAUUGCUUCCCGAGUCAUCUUUUAAUCUCGAACCCAGAAAAUCCGAGCGUACAAGGAGAAUAAGCAAAACCAAAUGCAGGUGUAGAAGGCGCUAGCCCUCUUGGUUCGAUUGAGAGAGCAUAAGGUUUCUUGGGGCUAUGGUCAGGUGCUGACGUAGAAUUUCGAUCGAGUUUUUCGUUCCCUCACCAAUGACGAUGUUAACAUGGGACUAGGCUCAGGCGAAUGGUGGGGAUCCAAUGGUUUUGGUGAAGAAGACCCUGAGGAGGACCCUGAAGGAGAUUCCUGAUGAAGACUCCUGAGUCCUGACCCAGCACUCUCCAAGCCAAAGCGGCUUUGAACUAGACAGGGCUGAGCCUUUGGGUUGGACAAUGCGGGGUUUGUAUUAGUUGUUCAUAUUAGUUACUCGUUCCUAGUAAUGUGUACUGGACUAAGAAACCCGAUCAAUACUCGACUCAGCCCAAUGAUUAUCGCGGUUUACUUAGUGCCAGCUCUAGGAGAUGUGCUAUAGUUGUCCUUAUAUCCCUUAAGUAGCUAGUUGGACUUGGUUAGUGGAUGAAAAUCUACUCCAGUGUAAGGCCAUUCUGUUCGACAUGGUUCGGUUUCGCCGAUGAUCGUAAUGAAUGCUAAAUGACUCCGAAUUGUUAGUUGUUAUUAAA